AUGUUCGGUGUGUUUUUCGUCCAGGGUUCCAUAAUGAGGGGGAAAGUGGUGUGGAGGGAAGAUCCUGAUGAUUUAAUGCUGAAGAGGUUGGACGACACAAAAGUUUGA